GCUCGCCAAGAUGGCGGACGAGGAGGGCGAGGGGCCGCCGCGCUCGGCGGCGCCUCCGCAGCGCAACGGGGGCGGCGGCGGCGCCUUGCCGGGCCCGGGCGGCCCGCGCGUCGUGCGCAUCGUCAAGUCCGAGUCCGGCUACGGCUUCAACGUGCGCGGGCAAGUGAGCGAGGGCGGCCAGCUGCGGAGCAUCAACGGCGAGCUGUACGCGCCGCUGCAGCACGUGAGCGCCGUGCUGGGCGGCGGCGCCGCCGACCGCGCCGGCGUGCGCAAGGGCGACCGCAUCCUGGAGGUGAAUGGGGUGAAUGUGGAAGGGGCAACUCACAAACAAGUGGUGGACCUGAUUCGCGCAGGAGAGAAGGAGUUAAUUCUGACCGUGUUGUCGGUGCCUCCCCACGAGGCAGAUAACCUUGACCCAAGCGAUGACUCUUUGGGGCAGUCGUUCUAUGACUACACGGAGAAACAGGCCGUGCCCAUCUCCAUCCCCACGUACAAGCACGUGGAGCAAAACGGCGAGAAGUUCGUGGUGUACAACGUGUACAUGGCCGGGCGGCAGCUCUGCUCCAAGCGGUACCGCGAGUUCGCCAUCCUGCACCAGAACCUCAAGCGGGAGUUCGCCAACUUCACCUUCCCCCGGCUGCCGGGCAAGUGGCCGUUCUCGCUGUCGGAGCAGCAGCUGGAUGCGCGGCGGCGAGGCCUCGAGGAGUACUUGGAGAAGGUGUGUUCCAUACGAGUCAUUGGGGAGAGCGACAUCAUGCAGGAGUUCCUCUCGGAGUCGGACGAGAAUUACAACGGCGUCUCGGAUGUGGAGCUCCGAGUAGCGUUACCAGAUAUAACGACAGUGACAGUCAGGGUCAAAAAGAACAGCACCACGGACCAGGUGUACCAGGCUGUGGCUGCUAAGGUUGGAAUGGACAGUAUUACCGCAAACUACUUCGCCUUGUUUGAGGUGAUCAAUCACUCCUUUGUGCGCAAACUGGCGCCCAACGAGUUCCCCCACAAGCUCUACGUGCAGAACUACACCUCGGCGGUGCCGGGAACCUGCCUCACCAUCCGGAAAUGGCUCUUCACUACAGAAGAAGAAGUUCUUCUCAAUGACAACGACCUGGCAGUCGCCUAUUUCUUCCACCAGGCUGUUGAUGACGUCAAGAAGGGCUACAUCAAAGCCGAGGAGAAGUCCUACCAGUUACAGAAGCUGUGUGAGCAGAGAAAGAUGGUCAUGUAUUUGAACAUGCUGCGCACGUGCGAGGGCUACAACGAGAUCAUCUUCCCGCACUGCUCCUGCGACUCGCGGCGGAAGGGCCACGUCGUCACCGCCAUCAGCAUCAAGCACUUUAAGCUCCACGCGUGCACCGAGGAGGGCCAGCUGGAGAACCAGGUAAUAGCGUUCGAAUGGGAUGAGAUGCAGCGGUGGGACACGGACGAGGAGGGCAUGGCGUUCUGCUUCGAGUACGCGCGAGGAGAGAAGAAACCUCGAUGGGUUAAAAUCUUCACCCCGUAUUUCAACUACAUGCACGAGUGCUUCGAGCGGGUUUUCUGCGAGCUCAAGUGGAGGAAGGAGGUGGAGGAGGAAACAACAGACAAGGAUAACAAGAACUGCAGUAAAGACAAUAUGUGCAGCAAGAACAUCUUUCAGAUGGUCAGGUCACACCAGAGGGACGCGGCCACUUAGCCCCCCGGCGYGGAGCACCACCACACCUUGCCCCCUCCCCCUAAAAAUUAACACUUCAAAUUGUUAUUGUAUUAAAGCCCUUAAACUAAAUAUUAUUAAUAAUAAUGCCAUUUGUGAAUGUCAUGUUUUUGGAAUGAAGCGAGUAGAGAAGCRGCUAGAAAAGGGAAAAGCAAAGAGUUGGGGGGCAGCCCCCCCCCCGGCUGUUCAGGGGCCCCUUUCCACCUGCGYCCUGUGUUAAACAUGGACUGGACUYAUGUUUUUUACAGCUGCGUAUAGAAACCUCAUCCAUUUGCACUGUUCAGACGUAUGUAUGUAAAAACAAAUGCCCCCGAGCAGCUCUAUAGCCAAAGGCCGUGCACGUAGCUACGUAUAUCUAUUUCUUUUAAAAAUUUCAGAGCGAUGGCAGUACCUUUUUUUUUAAGCUUGUGGUUCUACAUACGUCUGUCYUUCACGCCCGUCAUCUUUCUGUGGAAAAAACCCUAACU